UGUAAAUCCUCCCCCCCACACCCCCCUCCCGACUGCCAACCGACCGCCGAGCCCGACCCCCGCCCGACCAGCCCGCGAAACGCCCGACCAACCAAACUGGCGUCGGCGGAAACAGCCACCAUGCCCGACCAGGACCUGGCCUCCAAGUACAUGGACCUCCCGCAGCAGGGGCUGGCGAGCAUGGCCCACACGCCGCCCUACGCCCAGCCCUUGGGCUACCAGCAGGCGCCCACCCCGGGCUACAACCCGCCCGGCUACGGAUUCCCGCCCAUGUACCCGCAGAGCUCCUACCCGGGCUACCCUAUGAGCUCCUACCUCACGUCCCAGUGCCCCUCGCCCUCCGUCGACGAGAAACCGGAGGACGAGGCGACCGUGCGCGUGGGCGGGAAAGGCAAGAAAAUGCGAAAACCGCGGACCAUCUAUUCAUCUCUUCAAUUGCAACAACUCAAUAAAAUUUUCCAAAGGACUCAGUAUCUAUCGCUGCCGGAGAGAGCUGAGCUUGCUGCUAAACUUGGUCUCACACAAACACAGGUGAAGAUCUGGUUCCAGAACCGCCGCUCCAAGUACAAGAAGAUGAUGAAGGCGGCGCAGACGGGCGGGCCGGGCGUGCCCCAGGGGGCGCCCGUGGGGCCCGGCUCUCCCCUCAGCUCGUCCCCCCUGUCGGCGACGUCGCCCCUGCAGACGUACACGACGGCCACGCCCCUGAGCCCGCCGCCGCAGACGCAGUCGCCGGCGCAGACGCACCCGCAGCAGCAGGGCGGCCAGCCGCCGCACUCGCAGCCGCCGCCGCUGACGGCGCUGGUGCCCAUCUCGCACGCCCACACCACGCAGACGGGGCUGCCCAUGGGCCACCCGCACCACGCCCAGCACCCGCCGCCGCCGCAGCUGACGCCCUGCCCGCCGCCGCCGCACUCGCACCCGCCGCCGCCGCCGCACCAGCACCACCCGCCGCACGCCGCCUCGCCCCACGCCCACGCGCCGCCCUCGCACUCCAUCCAGAUGCCGCCCCACGCCCACGGGCCGCCGCAGCACCCGCCCACGCCCACCAGCCAGCCCCCGGAGUCGCACGGCUCGCCCCACCUGGGCCCGCCAGGCACGCCCUGCCCGCCGCAGCACCACAUGUCCCACGCCGCCCACGGGGGCUACAUGCCGCCCACGUCCUUACCCACGCCCGUGUCGUCCGCCGACCACAUGAGCCUGCCGCCCUCGGCGUCCUCCCCCGGCCUCGCCGCCCACCACUGGGACAUGAAGCCGCCCGUGUCCGCGCCCUACAUGUACUCGUGGUACGCCCCCGACCAGCAGCACCUCCUCACCUAAGCCGCCCGCGCUGCCGCCCGCCGCGACCUCUGCCUCGCGCGGGAGCCCCACGGCGCCCAGGGCAGCCGCCGCCCGCGUGGCCCCGGAGGGCGCGGACGCCAGGGCGGGCCGAGGACGCAUGCCUUCGAGGGGAGAGAGUGAGGGAGAGAGAAGGAAAGGGAGAGAAAGGAGAAUCAGUACGAAAGAGAGACACAAGAGAGAGAAAGAGAGUGCCAAGACAAGGGCCAACGCCAUGAGCUUCUUCCUUGACCAUUUGAUAGCACCUCGCCCCCCGCCGCCGCUGCAUUGGCUGGCCAGUUUUAAUGGCCCGCAGCGGAAAGUGGCCAUUCUGACCCGCGUCCCCCCGAAACGGCCUCUGAAGUGGUCCUCCAAAACGGCCUCUGAAGUGGUCCUCUGAAACGGACCUCUGCCAAACCGUCUCUCUGAAGGAAGCCUCUCUGAAGUGGUCUUCUGAAGUGGCUCUCUGAAACGGCCCUCUCGAAGUGGCCCUCUCUACCCAUGGCCCUCUCUGAAGUGGCCCCCUGAACUGGCCCGAGGCGUGAUUGCCAGGCCCCCCCCCCCCCAUCCAAGACAAUAAUGACAAUAGGCCUAGGCAAUGUCCCCAAAGAUUUCGUGCAAUAUCUUGCUACUAGGGGCUGGGGGAGGGAAGGAGGAGAGGGGGGGAGGGAGAGGGAGAGUGGAGGGGGACAAAGGGGAAAGGGAGAGAGAGAGAGAGAGAGAGAGAGAGAGAGGGUGAGGGGAAUGGGAGAGGAGUAUGGGAGAGUAAAUACCCUACCCUACCUUCCCUCUCUCCUUACCCCACCCCCCCCCUUCUCCUUAAUACAACCUCUUACCCACUUCAUCCUCCUUCCAUACCCUCCUCACCCCCCACCCCCCCACCUCCCCUCGCCUAAAGUAAAAAGGAGAAAGAUGGAAAGGACAAAAACGUCAUUCACUAUAACGGUACAGUGCCAACAAGUGCAUGACAGCAUGACGACUCUUUCACACAGAGCUGACAAAGCCUCAAAGAAAGAAAGAAAAGAAAGAAAAGGAAAGACCGAAAAGAAAGAAAAGGAAAGACCGAAAAGAAAGAAAAGGAAAGACCGAAAAGAAAGAAAAAGAAAGACCGAAAAGAAAGAAAAAGAAAGACCGAAAAGAAAGAAAAAGAAAGACCGAAAAGAAAGAAAAAGAAAAAAAGGAAAAGAAAAAGAAAAAAAUAUCCUUCCUUCCCCUCACUACAAAUUACCCUCAGAGGGGAGGAAGGGGAAGUGAGAGAGGGGUGGGUGGGUAAU